AGCGGGAGUGGCAAGUAUCUGGCUCCGCUAUAUAAGGACACCGCUAUCGAAACUGUCGAUGACUCCCCAACGACGAUAAAAUCGCCUACGUUUGGUCCUGAUCCGAGUAUCCAUGAGGCCACUCAGAUCCACUGGGCUGAGACUUCUCUACGACCUCUAGCCGUUUUUGCCACCUAGCGUAUUUCUCCCUAAGGUUCAACAUCAUCAGCAAUUUGUAGGCCGAAGCCAUGCCUCUUCACAUUUGCGACGCUCCGAAUUGUCAGCAACCCGCUGUCCGUAGACAGGGUUCGUGCGUUCUCUGUAAACGCCACCUUUGCGUUCGUCAUCUCAAAAAAGACUUCCAUACUUGUCCAGACCUUGAUACGGAUGAAGCUGCCUUCAUCGCCGCCGACCAUCGCGCCACCGAAGACGAGCUUUCCAACUUGUUUUCGCGCAUCAAUCUCUAUGCUUUGCGUGUGAAAGCCACCUUCCUCCGCGAUGGGAUACCCUGUACGAUCCCUCCAUUGUCUACCACAGCUCAGGGCCACGGACCCUUGCCUAUGGGCGGCCAAAAUUAUCACAUUGUCAUAACCUUCGACGAUGGUGUAGAGUGGAUCUGCCGCGUCAGGCGAGAGAACGCGUCUUCCCCUCCAUCCACUAUCCAAGAUCAUCUUCUGCUCAGCGAAGCUGCUACCUAUCGGUUUCUUGUCACCGCGAACGUCCCCGCCCCGAAAGUAUACUACGUUGCAACUGCAUCACCAUCGAACCCAGUCGGCGUAGGGUAUCUGCUAAUGGAGAGGUUAAAGGGAUCGCCUAUGGACUGGUACGACCUGCAGCCGGACGCAAAGAAGAAGAUUUUGGAUCAGUUCGCAGACAUCUUCAUUAAGCUCAAACGACAUCGACUUCCAUCCAUUGGCUCUCUUGCUAUCAACGGGGAUUCCUAUAAUGUUGGCCCCCUCACAUCUGAGACCACCAUGGACAUCGACAGCGGCGUUCUGCAUACGCUUGGGCCGUUCACCUCACCUCUCGAAUAUCGGACGGCGACACUCAAGCAUGAAAUCGAACUUAUCUUGCGCGGGGAGAGCUACCCUGACAACGCCGUCGACGCCUAUCUGGUGCAUCGGUACGUUCUCGACAACGUUCAGGCCGUCGCGCGGCGUGAGCAAGGUUCCGACACGUUGUUCUACCUCAAACACACAGACGACAAGGGCGACCAGAUUCUCGUCGACGAGUCUCACAACAUCGUCGGAAUCGUGGAUUGGGAACGCUCGCAAGUGGCUUCGUUCGCAGAGGCGUUUGCAGCCCCGCUGUUUCUCCUCGAUGUUGGUGCGUACUACGAUGGGCUGAACGAGCUGAGCGAGGACGAGGCGUUGUUCGCUUCCAUCUUGGAAGCCAAGGGUCAUCAGGAUCUCGCUCUGGCCGUACGCGGCGGUCGUUUCGAGCAUCGCUUGAUGUCCUGCGUUACAACGGACCUUGGGGAUCCCGAGUUUUUUGGGACGCUAUUCAUGGGGCUGUGUAAGUCGCUGAGGAGGGCGAAGGGCGAGGCGACGUGGGAGGCGUGGAAGGAAGAGGCUCUGCAGAGGCACAAGAAGGACCCGGAGCUGCAGCAGCUCCUCUCAAGGCAGUAA